AUGGGAGAAAUUGAAUGCUUUUCAUGUAUGUCGCUCAGUUACCGCGACAAAUGGGAACAUCUAAAGAGUAUCUAUAACGAACCAAAGACUUUCACAAACCGAUGUAACGAGAGAAAAUUGACUGACCAAAUCCCUCUGGUUACAUGUGGGUCUAUAUGCGUUACGCUUUUGGAACCAGACUUUGAAGCAGGCGUACUUAUUGACUAUAAGUACAUUCGUGGAUGUGUCGACACACUGCUUGUUAACGGCUUCAACGAAUCAGCACUUCAUACGCAUCGAUUUCAGGAAUCCGACCAGUGCCGAAGCUUGCCUCGUACUCAACUAUACAAAGUCGGGCGAGUUCAGGAUCGAGCUGUGUAUGGUGACGUAACUUUAUGUAGUUGUUUCGGAACUCGCUGUAAUGGAGUUUCAUCAGCAGCAGCCCGACCGUGUCUUUCUCCAACUUUUUUUGUUUUUUUUGUAUAUUUAGUAAAACUUUUCUUAUUACGAGCAGAUUUAAGAUGA